GAUUAGUCAACUGUCAGAAAACGAAAAUAACCUAACCUCACUUUUCCCUACAUAACUUCAACAAUAAUGGAAUACGAUUUUUAAUCGAAAUCCUUUCCAGGAACCUUGCAAAAUGAGUGUAUUUAUCAAGCAUUACAAGGCUUCGCACCUUUUGAGUGCGAGCAAUGUGAAGUUUUUUCGUUUUAGCUCCACAGCUGCCGAUUUGCCUUUGAAGAAGGAGGAUGAUGAUGAGGAGUUUAGAGUGUUGGAUAUAGUGAAGAAGCGACAGCGGCAGCAGCGGCGCCUCAACAAGAGGACCGACAUACAGCCCGACCGCUCCGACAGAAUGGCCAUUGAUCAGAAAUGGGGCAAUGUUUGGCCUGGGCCUAAAACAUUCCAUCCUUCAUCUGUCCCUCUUCCGCUGCGACAAGGCUAUGUGCCCAAAGGUCAAGCACCGCCGGGCAAGAAAGCCAAUGCUGAGCUGAUGAAGAUCCCCAACUUCCUGCACCUCACACCACCAGUUGUCAAAACCCAGUGCGAAGCCUUGAAGCAGUUCUGCACGCCGUGGCCAGAACUUCUGAACUCCGAAGAGGCCAUUGAAAAGCAUUAUCCUGUGGAAAUUAUUUCCUCGGACUACUGUCACGCAAGCCCGUCUAUCAGAAACCCUCUGUCCCGAGUAGUCAGUCUACGUGUUAAACUAACGGACUUGAAACUCGAUAAGCAUGCUCGAGACAAAUUCUUACGCAUAAUCGGUGAUCGGUAUGACGAGACUACUGGCUUAGUAACAAUUACGGCUGAUCGCUGUCCGGCGAAGAAACAAAACUAUGAUUACGUCAACUAUUUGCUGACGGCAUGUUACUUUGAGUCAUUCAACGUGGAAGAUUGGGAAGGCGAAAAGACCGAAGAUGACAUGGAAUACUAUGAUUUUGACCGUAAUGCUUCGAGGAAGAACUUGAUCAACUGGUAUUUAAAGAGCAAAAACGAGGUUAAAUCUAUGUCAGAAGAAGAGUAUAGGGACUUUGAUAUCUCACAGAUAGACCAUGCAGAAGUAUAUAAGAAUGCGGUGUCAAAAAUCAUGAAUGAUGGAGAGAGUGAUGAUACUUUGAGGAGUUACGAUGAAGCAGUCAGAAAACUACUGGGUCUGCCACAGAAAGCUUCUAGCUGUUAAUAACAUUCAUAGUCCCGUAUGUAUAGUACAGGUUUCAUAGUUUGUUGAAAACUCUAAAAGUUUACGUUUUCUUGCAUACUAAGUGGCGCCUCUAAUGGAAACUAUCAUGAAACAUUUGACAGAUAAUGUGAUGCAAUAAACUUUUUUCGUUUUCGUAAAUUACAAAACUUGUACUAAUGGUUCUGAUAAACCUGGUGUAACAUUUGAAUAGCUUUUGCAAAGUUACACAAGAUUUAUUGGUAAGGCUAAUAUAAUAAGAUAAAUGUAAUUUUAGAAUGUAUAGAAAUAAAGGUAAAAUAAAUGGAUUAUGUUGCUUAUAAAUGUAAACAAAUCUA